CGGAAUGUUUGUUCACUUCAAUGGGAGAAAGAGAAACACAAGCAGGGAAGAGGGGGAAGAGAGUGAGCCCAGGCAACAAUUUCUGGACUGCUGGUGGGGGGUUUCUGUCUCCUUGUUGAGUGAUGGACCAUCUGGAGACUGAACGCUGAAGGCAGAUCCUUCUCCUCUGGUCCUUUUGCAGGAAGAAGGGCCCCUUCCAGAGCUUCAGACCAGCAAGUGGCCAGGGAUGUUCAGCUUGAUGGGAGGUGGACUGCUGUGCGCAGUCUCCGGCCUAAUUCUCCUCAUAGUUGCCACGUCGACAGAUUUCUGGAUGCAGUAUCGCUACUCGGGCGGCAUGAGCAACCAAGGCCUCUGGCGGUUCUGCGUGGGAAGCAAAUGUCACCCACAUACCAUCACCCUUGCCUUCUGGGACGCCACUCGGGCAUUCAUGUUGCUCUCCAUCCUCUCUUCCUUCGCUGGGAUCAUUUUGGGGCUGACUGCCUUCUCCAGCAGCCUGCGGUCCACUCGGACCCGUGGAGCAGGAAUCACACUUUUGAUUGCAGGUCUCUUUGCCUUGCUGGGUGUAUCGGUCUAUACAGGAGUGACAGUGAAUUUCUAUGGAAAACGCUAUCCUGAUUGGCGUUUCUCUUGGUCCUACAUUCUGGGUUGGAUCGCGGUCAUUCUUACCAUCUCCGCAGGCGUGUUCCACAUUUGCGCUGUCCCCAGGAGUUCCUCUCCUAAUGGCUCCAAUGUGGCAAGUGGUUGAUCCGCCCCGACUGCAUCGGAAUGGGUCAGCUUCGUCUGGUUGAGAUGUCUGACGUUCCCUCUCGUUCCACUUGGUCUUCUGACCAACACUCUUUCCUCAGUGUCUCAGAGUACUUUUUCCUCUUUCCACCCCCACCUAUUUUCCACCUUCUCCUUCAGAAUUCAUUCGACAACAGCAGUUCAAAGGACAUUGCCUACAAGACUCCAGGGAGUCUGCCGACAUGCCUCUCUCUUUCUUGUGAUCUUGUGUCAGCCAAGUGACUGUUGUGCAGUUGAUCCAUGUAAUAUUUUUCCCCAGUGAAGAGCCAGUGCCA